AUGAUUGGCAGUAUCUUUUUCAUCUUCAACCGGAUGGUGGAGAUCACCUUCCUCAUUCCGAUCAUUGGUAUCAUGGCCUACUUCGUCAAUGGCUAUCUCAAAGCCAACAUGCUCACCCCGCCCUACAUCCUCGUCCUCUUCAUCGUCAGCGUGAUCGCCGUCUUCUGGUGCAUUGACACCCUGAUCCGGUUCUCCGCGACCAAGCGCUCAUCGUUUUUUGUCUCCUUCCUUGACAUGUGUUUCUUCGGCGCAUUCAUCGCGGGCGUCUACCAGCUGCGCUUCAUCGCAAACGCCGAUUGCUCGCACUGGGAUGGCGGUUCGGUCUGGGUCUCCCUUGGUCCCUUUGGCGAGUACGGUAGACAAGUGAACAACCCGCUGGCGUUCCAAGUCAACAAGACCUGCGCCAUGCUGAAGACUACAUUUGCGCUUGGAAUUAUGGAGGUGGUCUUCUUCAUUUGGACUGCGUUCCUUGCGCUGUUCAUUCACAGCAAGAAUCGUGAGGUUAUUGUUAAGGAGACUACUGUUCGUCGACGCAGCCAUAGCAGCCGUCGUGGCCACUCUUCUUCACACCGACACCGUAGCUCUAGCCGGAGACCUAGCUACGUGGUUUAA